AGAUGAACGAGCAAAGUAACUUGCGGUCGUUGGAGAUAUUUUGUUCGCAGGAAUAUCAAGCAGAAUGCGCAAGUCGGUAAUAAAUAGUCCGGGAAAAAGCACGAGCUUGACGCUUCUGACUAGAGUAGUCGCAAGCUCGUCGCUCGUCGAUGUUAUUUGAAACCGAAAGUGCACUGGUAACCUUGAAUUUCAUUGAUCUACAGUCCAGUCGUGAGCUUGCACUUGAAAGCUCUGCACAUAUGAGCCAACGCGCGCUAAUCCGAACUUCGCGAUUUUAUAAAUAAAACUUAUUGCCCUGCGUGUUUUUCGGCUGCGGUAAACUUUCUUCGGUCUGCACUUCUCUCCAUUGCACAAGUAUAUAUAUAUAUAUAUGUAGUAUGUAUGGAUACGAUCUCUCGGAUUAACCGAGUCUUAUUAAAUUAUCGCCUGUUCCGCGCUCUCAAUGUCAAUUUUCUAGCCAGACAUGAGUGCAGGACGUCGCGGCUUGCAUCAACUUUUCGAGAUGUUUCGCGCAAAUUAUUUCGACGGUCAUAUUACAUAAAUACGCAGGUUUCGUAAGAAAAGUGCACGUCCAGUUUUGAAAAUGAGAGGAGGAAAUGUGAACGUUUUGGAGGAAGAUUCUUAUGUUCAAUCGGAAAUCUAGCUAAGUACACACAGAAUAAAUAAUCCCGGCAUUCGAGUUAUUAAUACUGUCAGUGGGUCAAAGCUAUUUCAAGUCAAUGCCAAAACAUUGUACGUUAAAAAGACCAAGUACCAAAAAAGACAGCCCGAUCGCAUUCUGCUUGCACUCGACGAAUAUAUAACGCGGGAAUAAGCACCUGUGCAUGACUUUAUCCGACAAAAUGAAUUCAGAUCUCGUAGACAUGGUGAACGAGGUAAAAGAGAAGGUCAUCCUCCACUGGAACUACAGAGGACUAACCGAAAUUCCAGAGGCAGUUAGAGACGUAGGCAGUCACGUGCAGGAGAUCUACUUGAAGUGGAACGAAUUGAAGAGCCUGCCCUGUUGGGUUUCCGAUUUUUCAAACGUGACGAAUUUAUAUCUAUACGGAAAUAACAUAGAACACCUGCCCAUCUCAUUGGGAUACAUGGAUAAGCUGACUGUACUAGAUCUUAGUGCUAACAAACUGAAAGAGCUUCCUAGUUGCAUAGGGUAUUUGAAGAGCUUGCAAUCGUUGCUGCUGAAUCAAAAUUUUAUAACAGCCCUCCCAUCGUCCAUGAGUGAAUUGGACAAUCUGUCUUGUUUGUGUUUGUCUGGAAAUCAAAUGGUUGCCCUUCCAGAGUGGCUUGGUUCACUGCCAAAUCUCGAAGAAUUAUUUGUUGAUAAUAAUAUUUUGGAAGAAAUUCCAAAUAGAUUGACACUAUCAACCUCCCUAUCAAUGAUCUCAGUGUGCUCCAAUAGAUUGAGUUAUUUACCUCCAAAUGGAUUUCUAUCUGCUCCCUGCAUAAGAUUUGAUUCAAAUCCAUACUUGAAUUAUUUGUCCCUACCACUUUUACGUCAACUACUAUCGAAAGUUCAACAUCCACUGAGUCAAGAAUCUGGAAAUGCAAUAGCAUAUGGCUGCUUUAGAUCGAAAAGCAAAAAGAGCGAUCGCUCGAUAAACAUUAAAUUAUUAGUGGUGUCAGAAAAUAAUCACGGAGAACACAAGCAAAUCGUGAUAGAAUUACCGAGACAAUUACUCACUGUUCACAGUCUUCACGAGAAUAAAGCGAUUUCACUGUGGGAAAUGUCGCUUAGAAAAGUUUAUCUUUCAAGAUUCGACCACACUCUAAACAUUAAUUUUGAUUCACCCUGUGUUGAUGUCAAACGAAGUUCAGUUCUAGAAAAAUCAGAAUUUGACAUGAAUGAGUGCCCAAGAUCUUUCAUACCAUACAAUUUAAUGCUGAAUGGACCAAUCAGCAUAUGCGUGAAUAAUUUCUGCAAUGAACCUAUUUUCACGGAAGCAUGGGUCCUUUUUGGGGUUGAACGCAAUGCUUUUGGAAUUCCAACUAUUGUGAUACUCUGCAGUCAUAGAUGUACUGCAGAUUUUGUUAAGUCUUCGAAUUUUACGGAAAGUCACGAGAUGUAUGCGAUACAUCGAUAACGUUCUAACGUGCUAAAUUAAAUAAUUUGUAUAUUUUUUUAUUAGUAUAUUAAAAUAAAAGUCUUAUUUUACUAUUGACUCUA